AUGUGGCAACCCUGUUACUACACAUGUUUUCGAGCAACAUUAGGAAAGCGAGUUGCUAACAAUAAAAUUUAAUUUGUGGAUUACUUUAUUUCUUCCUGCUAAACCUUAAUCGUAUCCCAACACAUCUAAAAUGGCUGGCCUUUCAAAUUUAUCAGGAGCCGAUAAGGGCGAAUUAAUGGAGCAAGUUAAACAACAAAUUGCCGUGGCAAACGCUCAGGAACUAUUGACGAAAAUGACGGAGAAAUGUUUUAACAAAUGCAUCAAUAAACCCGGCACAUCACUCGAUUCUUCGGAACAGAAAUGCAUUUCAAUGUGUAUGGAUCGUUUUAUGGACUCUUGGAAUUUAGUUUCUCGCACAUACGGCAAUCGUUUGCAAAGGGAACAACACAAAAUGUAGAAUUCAUUUUUAUAAAAAGAAAUCCAAACUCUUAAUUUUCAAAAAAUAGGCAUUAUUUUGUUAAUUAUUUUGUUUAAUUAGAAUUUCAUAUUACAUUAUACCAUGUAUAACUUAAACAAGGAUACCCCCAAUGUGUUUUGAAUGGAUCAUACCACAAAAUUAAGCUUAGUUCCACAUUUGAGACAGUAUCACAAUAAAGAAAAAGUAUAACUCAUUGAUUUACUUACCUUAAA